CACAUUUUGCUUACAGGAGAGCAGAAGGUCGUGAAAGUCAACACAUACAUCGCACAUGGUUUUCUUCCUUUAGCCUCUGAAAAGGCUUUUAAUCACGUCAAGUUCAUCACUCAACUUCACCACCGUCCAUCGCAAAAGAGGAGGAGUAGGAGGAGGGGAGUACUAGAAGAAUACAGUGCUGGUAGCGCUAGUUGUCCAGAAGGUGUCGAUAAGUGCCAUACGAACAAGAGUAAAUAUUAAUAAAUAAUUGAAAUGGGUAGCACGGAUAAAGCUGAGAUCACGGGUUUUAUAUGCAGACUUUGCAGUAAGAUGAACCGUUUCGUGAUCCACAUAUACGGUGAAGAGGGUGAGAGAAUGAAACUUGCUGAGAAAAUAAAUGCUUAUCUUCCAAUUACGGUAAACAUGAAUGAUCCAUUACCUAAAACGGCAUGUCUACAUUGUAUUGAACGGCUUGAAGCUCAUCAUGAACUAAUGGAACAAUUUUUCUUAGUCAAACGAAGGUUAACUACUCAGAAUAAGUCAUCAACAGUUGCAUCAACCUCUACACAAACUGCUGAUACUGUACCAACAUCUAGCCCACCUCCAUGUUAACAUAUAGAAUUAAAAGCAGAAUUUCUCGCUCAAUAUUAUUAAACAUUUUCUGUAUAUCUUAUUUGUAUUGUUAUUUUAGUAAUUUAUUACUAGGGAAACAAAUUUUUUUUGUUAAAUGAAAAGAUAUAUAAUCGAUCAAUUGAUUUAAAAAUUUUAUAAAAUAUUUUCUUCUUAAAAUAUGUUGGUAAAUAUUUGUGAUGUGCAAAUUUAAUUUACUGUAUAAACUUUUUUAUUUUUUACACCAGAUAUUACAAAUAUUUUUUAUUGAUACUGUAAUAUAAAAUAUAUGAAUAAUUAUAAUUUGUUUGUAUUUCACAUUUUCAAAAAAAUUGGAACUUUUUUUCUUGAUUAGUAAUCAGCAAUAAUAAAGUUACAGAUAUGUUUAUGUAAAUGGUAUAUCCAAUGAAUAUUUUUAGGCAUGUUUAAUAAUGUUCAAAUUAUUGAAUUAAUAUUUUAUUUGAUGUAUCUUGUAUAGUUUUUAUUAAUAGAAAUUUUUAAACAUCUUUUAAUACUCUAGGAUAAUAUUGUUUCUUUAAUAGAUCUAUACUGCUGGUGUACAAAGAUAAAUAGAUAGAUAUGUCAAAGUGAUUUCUUAGAAUAUUAAAUGAUGUUAUAUUAUAUAAUUGAAUGUAAAAAUAAGAAAUUUAGUUGGCAAAGCUUUUAAUAAUAUUAUGUAUUAGAUACAUACAAGAUUGUCAAUACUAAUGUACAUUAAACCAAUCAUGUUUCCUUUGCUAUUAAAUAUCAAUAGUUUUAAUAUGUCAACUUUUAUAUAUAAUAAUAUGGUACAAAGUAUAAUGACAAAAGUAUCUGCAUAAUUAUAUUAUAUUAACAUAUAUUAUUCCACAGAGUUUAACAAAAUUUGAAUGUUUACCUCUAAGUUGCAAUAUAAUAAAUAAUUUAUAAAAAUUUUUAAAUAUAUAGAACUUUGAUUAUAGUAUUUUACAUUAUAAAAACCAAAAAUCUUUAUAAAAAUGACACAAGGAUAAAUGAUACUACUAUAAUUUGUUAAGAUUAUUUAUUUCUUAACAACAUUUGCUAACACAAUUAAAUGUUAUGUGGAACAAUAUUAUUGGUUGGCGACACAAUCCAUAUUGUGCUUACUAUAUGUAUUAUUUGACAUGUAAUUCAUCAUUUACAAAGAGAAAAUUUGUUUUUGGAAGACAAGGUUGUGUUCGUCACUCAAACAUUAUUGUAAAACCUUAAAUAUUUUAACGUUAUUUGAGAAAUUUUACUUUAUUUUACCUUUUUAUUUAAUAUAUCAUUAUCACUGCAUAAGAAAAGACAAUAUAAAUUUGUUAUAUCUGUGAUCAA